UGCGCCAUUGCAAAAUAAACUGAAUUAGUCAGUCUAGUAGGAAAUGAAAUAAAGCGAGUUGCGUGUGAGUCCGAUUCCGAUUCUCAGAAAAAGAGGGGGAAGCAACUUCAGGAAGAAGUUUAUAAAUUGGCACAAAGAAUUGAAAUAUCACGACUGACCUUCAUUUUUAGUUCAAGAAUUGAAAUAUAAAACAGCCAAACACAACAGGAACGUCGUCUAUUUGCAUGUUUUUUCUUGAAAGAUUAUAAUAAAAAAUGAGCAGAGACGACGACGACCCAGGAGAAAACAAGAAGCAAGAAACAAAAGGGUCCAAUCAAAAUCCAAAAUGGCGAACAAAUUUCCAAAGAGAUCUGACGGCUGGUGCUCUAUUGGGAGGUAUAGUGCAUACGAUUGUGGCGCCAAUCGAGAGGUCGAAGCUGCUGUUACAGACCCAAGAAAGCAAUCUUGCAUUUAUGGGUGGCAGUGGGAGAAGGAAAUUCAAGGGUAUGAUUGAUUGCAUUGUCCGUAUAGUUCGUGAAGAAGGUGUUCUUUCUCUUUGGAGAGGCAAUGGCAGCAGUGUUAUUCGCUAUUAUCCUUCUGUUGCUCUCAAUUUCUCGCUUAAGGAUCUUUACAGAGACAUACUAAGAAAUGGCAACCAUCAAGAAAGUCGUUUUCUGUCUGGUGCAUCCGCAAACUUCAUUGCAGGGGCUGCAGCUGGCUGUACAACACUAGUAUUAAUCUAUCCACUUGAUAUUGCACACACCCGACUGGCUGCUGAUGUUGGGAGAAGUGAUAUUCGUCAAUUCCGAGGUAUCUACCAUUUUUUGUCAACCAUCUACCAGAAAGAUGGGAUUCGAGGGAUUUAUAGGGGGCUACCAGCUUCUCUGCACGGAAUGGUUGUUCACCGAGGCCUAUAUUUUGGGGGCUUUGACACGAUGAAGGAGAUUUUGUCUAAGGAUGCUAAUCCGGAGUUGCCAUUGUUGAAGCGUUGGGUGGUAGCUCAAGCAGUCACAACAUCUGCUGGAUUGUUUUCGUACCCAUUAGACACAGUUCGGAGGCGAAUGAUGAUGCAAUCUGGCCUCGAAAAACCAAUGUAUCAUAGCACACUUGACUGCUGGAAGAAAAUUUUCAGGACAGACGGGGUGGCCUCAUUUUAUCGUGGGGCAGUGUCAAAUAUGUUUAGGAGUACGGGGGCUGCUGCCAUAUUGGUUUUGUACGACGAGGUCAAGAAGUUUAUGCGAUGGGGUGGGAUGUAGCUGGAAAUACAUUUACUCUUUUUGCUAGUUUUUCAUUUCAAAACAAUACCAUACUAGAUUAGAAUGAUCCUUUUUGAAGAUUACAAAAGGAAACCCUUGUAAAGAGCACAACUUAGUUCGACACAGCUAACGUUACAGAAUAUGUCCUCGGUGACAUUUGAUUUCCCA